UGGUCCGUGGGGUGUAUCUACGCCGGGGGGCCGAUGGUCGGAGGGCCGAAGGGUCGACAAGGUGAGGUAUUUUCUUUUGGAUCUACCAGGCGACUUUCUUGUUGUGUGAUUAAGGGCCGGUGAAGUUUAAGACAGAUGUUGUCUUUGAGACAUUCUUCUCUUAGAGAUUCCAAUAUUUCAUGUAAGAGUUGAUCAUACUCAGGGUUUUGGAGAUCAAACAAGCCUAGCAGCACCUCGCAGCAUGGUCACGUGGAGGGAUGGAGCUUCGGGAGGCUACAGGCGCAUUGCCUGUGUGAGGUUUCGUGGUUUGGAACCCCUAAACUUGGCGACGUUCCAGCAAAGAGCCAAGGGAACCAUGUAUAUACUAUAUACAGAGAAGGAGAGAGAGAGAGAGAGGGAGAGAAAGAAACAGAACAUACACAGGUUCCACCUCGCUUGCAUGUAACAAUGUACCACCCGCGAGGCGGAGCUUCUUGGCAUGCUAGAGGGCACCCGCACGCAGGAUAGAGGCCCGCUGUUUCCUGGGUCUUCAUGUUUUCCCUUGUCACCGGACCACAAGCACAAGACUGACUACAAGUACCACACGCGUGGGAAACACGACCAGCUCAACAUGAUUUUCAAUCUCCUGGGAACACCAGGAGAACCUGACAUCGAACAGCUUGAACGAGAAGACGCAAAGAGGUACAUUCGCUGCUUUGCUGCGCGGUCAGGUGACGGCUUGGCUGUGAAGUUCCCUGGCGUGGAUGCUGACGCCAUUGACAUCCUCAAUCGGAUGCUGCGUUUCAACCCAAAGGAUCGCAUUGCCGUGACAGAGGCCUUAGAGCACAGGUUAUUCACAAGUGGCCCCAAUGUUAUCCGCGACCAAUCCCGGGAGACGUCUGCUCCCAAAUACGUCACACUGGAAUUCGAGAAGGAACCCGAUUUGGACGAGAAGCUCUUGCGGAAAUACUUCUGCAAGGAGAUCAAGAAGUAUCAUCCAGAAAUGCCAGAUAUGUAGCCUCCCAAGGCUGAAAUGCAAAGAUGGCCUGGGCUUUGGAGUCAAAGCGCGGCGAUUCAGGCCCAGCUGACAAGCCACAAGGGCUCACUGGCUGGGAAACAUUUCCUCCGCCGCGGCGUCGCGGCGCCCUUUAGGGGCUGCAGAGCUGGUUCUCCCAAGCUGCAAGCUGCACCGCGAAGUGAGCAAGUCAUGGGUGAUGUGGUGAAGUGAG